AUGAAAAACGCGCGACACACACACACUCUCUCUAACCACAGCCGCCACACAUCAGUUUUCCAGCAAAACAACAUCGCCAGGAUGCGUUUCGUCAAUGCUGCUCUCGCGGCGGCGACGGCCGUGCUGUUUGGCUCUCAGGCUGUCGCCGGCCUCACCCUCGACUCCCCGACGCCGACCACCACUCUCCUCACCACAACCACCACACCGAGCUCGGCGCAAGUCACAUCCACCACGACCGCCGCCGGCACCGGCACGGGCGCCGUCGGCUUCAACAAGACGUGCGCGCACUCCGUCUACAGCCGGGCCUUCAAGGGCGCCGUCAGCAACACCGAGCUGAGCUCCGUGCUGCGCUCCUACCGCUCCGUCGGCAGCUCGCCGCACCCCUGGCAGGGCAACCUGUGCACCGUCACGCUCGCCGCCAGCCUGUCCGUCGACUACCUCUCGUACCUCGCCGACGCCCCGAGCCGGUACGCGAGCGCCACCGACUACCUGCGCAACGUGCACACCGACUGCGGCGGGCCCGUCUUCCAGGUCAGCGUGCGGCCCCUCUGCCUGCAAAAGUCCCUGACGGCCGUCUUCACCACCGCCGGUGAUGGUGGCGGCAGCGGGCCCAAGACUACGGUGCUGCCGGGCGUGCCGCCGAGCAAUGGCGUCAGCAUCGACGUCAAGACGGGCAACGUGAGCAUGAUCAACCUGGCGGCCAACGACGAGGACUCGAGGGCGCCGCGAAGCUGCGGCCUGGUGGUUGGCUUUGCGACUGUCGUGGCGGCGGUGGCCGGUGCUGUUUUGAUGCUGUGA